AUGGCUCUGCUCCUUUGCUGUGCCUGGAUUUUUAUCCUCCUCCUUCCUGGCCUCUCAGAUGGAGGCAAACUCCUGGUGAUGCCCAUGGAUGGAAGCCACUGGCUUAGCAUGAGGCCAGUGGUUGAAAAGCUCACCGAGAGAGGACAUGAAGUGGUGGUGCUUAUACCAGAAGUAAGCUGGCGGAUGGGAACAGCACAGGCAUACACGGUGAAAACGUACCCUGUCUCUUACACGCUAGAAGAGCUGGAUAAUGCCUUUCAUGAAUACGUUGCCACCCACCUGAAGGACCUGCCUUUCCCACUGAAUGUUCUAGCGCUGUACAACAGCUCAGUGCACGUUUUCAAUGUGCUCUUUGUUCAGUGCAAGAACCUGUUCAGCAACAAGGAGACCCUGCAGUACUUGAAUCAAAGCAACUUCGAUGCUGUCCUAACAGACCCCAUUUUUAUGUGCGGAGCAACACUUGCUCAUUAUUUUUCUCUUCCAUUUGUGUUCUUCAUGAGAGGAUUUCCUUGCAACUUACACUAUGAAGCACCACAGUGCCCAAGCCCUCUGUCCUACACCCCGAGGCUUUUUACCUUCAACUUAGACCACAUGACUUUUUUCCAGAGGGUGGAAAAUGCACUGGUUUCCCUCCUGGAGCUUGUGUACUGCAACGGUUUCUAUGGAGAUGCGAUAAAGUUUUCCUCUGAAGUUCUUCAGAGAGAUGUAUCCCUGUUAGAACUCCUGAAUUCGGCUUCCAUUUGGCUUCUGAGAUUUGACUUUGUGUUUGAGUUCGUCAGACCAGUGAUGCCCAACAUGAUCUUUAUUGGAGGUAUAAACUGUGCUCAGAGGAAACCAUUGUCUAAGAGCCUUUUGCACAACAAAGACAUGAUGCAGUAUUUGAGAGAGAGCAAAUUUGAUCUGGUUUUCACCGAUCCAAUUCUGAUGUGCGGACCGAUAAUUGCUGAGUAUCUUUCAGUUCCUUCCGUCUACUUUUUGCGGGGAUUUCCCUGUGGUAUGGAUUUUGAAGCUACUCAGUGUCCCAACCCUCCUUCCUAUGUCCCCAGACUCUUCCUAAAUAAUUCAGAUAGCAUGACAUUUGCUCAACGUGUGAAGAACAUGCUGGUCCAUAUGCUGGAGUUCGUUUACUGUAAGCCUGUAUUCGCUCAAUUUGAAGACCUUGCAUACGAGAUUUUUCAAAAGAAAGUGACAGCUACAGACCUUCUAAGCCGUGGAUCUGUUUGGCUAAUGAGAUACGAUUUUGUGUUUGAGUUCCCGAGACCUGUGAUGCCAAACAUGGUUUUUAUUGGAGGGAUAAACUGUGGUCAGAAGAAAAAACUGUCUCAGGUAAAAAAUUUUGGUUUUAUUGAAUAG